AGCUGCGCAGGGCUCCAGGCGUCCGUCAAGGGGGCGAGCUGCGAGCUGUCGCCAUGCCGCAGGAGAUUUGGCAAAAGCACCUCUCUGCGAAGCAGCCAGUGUGCUUCAAAGCGAUUCCUGGGCUACGUCUAGAUCUCCGAAGCUGCUCCUUAUUGGACUCUGCCUCAUCCUCCCAUUUGUAUGUCUCAGUGAACGAUGAACGCUUAGCCUUGGGCCACGUCACUGCUGCAAAGCCCUUCUGCCAGCUGCGGUUUAGUAGCUUUGGCUCCGAUGCCACCUUCACCUGCGACGGGGCGCUUUUGCUCAGUGGCGUCAUCCUGGACGACCCCUUUGCCGGCUUCAUCGGCACCAGCAGCGCCUCUUCUGGUACGCCGCCCGCCAAGAGGCUGCGCACAGAGGCACCCGAGCCAGUGGACAAGGCGCCCGCAGCGAAGCCGGGAGCGAAACCGGCAGCGAAGCCAGCGGCGAAGCCGGCAGCAGAAGCUCCAAAGCAGUCCCCAAAGGAUGUGAUGAAGGAGAAACCAAUGGAAUUGAAGGUCAAGGAGGUGAAGAAAGAUGGCAAGCCUGAGAAGGCCGUAACUCAGAGGACUUUGCCCUCCGGAUUGAGAUAUGAGGUGCUGCAGAGAGGCACAGGGCCGCAAGCCCAAGCCGGCAAAAAGGUGAAGGUCCGCUAUGAAGGUCGUUUGGGCUCCAAUGGGAAGCGCUUCGACAAGGGAGUCAUCGACUUCCGCUUGGGCAUGGGCGAGGUCAUCCAAGGCUGGGAUGAAGGAGUGAAAGGCAUGCUGCGGGGCGAGAAGCGCAGAUUGCUGGUCCCCGCCAAGCUGGGCUAUGGUCGCAGCGGCGCUCCCCCGGCCAUUCCUCCCAAUGCCAAUUUGGUCUUUGAGGUGGAGCUCCUCAGCUGAGGAGUGAACCUGGACGGGGUCCUCCCGCCACCACAGCGACGCGACGGACUCUGAUGCAAGGAAAAAAGAAGAACGG